AUGAACUAUAUGAUUAAGAAAUAUUUGUAUAGUAUCUUUGAUUUAGACACAACAACAUCAAUAGAUACUGAAGCCUCUACAGUUGUUUCUGUUCAUUGGUCUCUUGAUGCUGUAACGCCAGAUUCAUCAAACACCUACAAUAGAAUAUUAAUGAAUAGUGCAUCGUAUUUUUCAACAGCCAACAAUCAAACUUUUGUUGCUUAUGGCCAAGAACUUCGUUUAUCAUCAUCAUCAUCAUCAAGUCAAUAUAUGAAAACACAUGGAUUGUUUUCAACAACAGUUUAUUCUGGUGAUUAUGGUAUAUUUGGUCAAUGUCCAUGUACGACAUAUUCUAAUCAAUGUUUAUAUUUUCUUGUUCGAGGAAGUCAUUUAUUUGCUGAUUAUUUUAAUGGUUAUAUUGAUAAUGUACAAAUAACUAUACGUGCAAAAACUUCUGAUGAAAUUCUUACUACUGCUUCAUUAGCUGGUUAUUUUUCAUUUGAUGUACGUUCUCCAUAUAAAGGUAAUGGUCCAAAUAGUUUUAAUGGAACACAAAAUAAUACAAUUAUAGCUUCUGGUUAUGUCAAUUAA